AUGGAAUUGGCCAUGGAAUUGGCACAUGAAGAUAGUUGGCGGAGGUUGAUUGGCCAUGUGGUAUUCCCCACACAAAUGACCUGUCCCUCUCGGGUCUUUGAUUUUCGGAGCAGGUAUUGUGUGGCGUGGUGUGGAGCGCGACUUACUCCUCCCAAUUGAAGGGCAAUGGAAACCAGCAUCAACUGCAUCAGCAGCAGGACUAGACAGUUGGAAAGACCCGCUGUCAAAUGUUGGUACCUGUGCUGAUGCAGUUGCUGUUACCGUUACCGAUUGCGAUGGAGUGUUUGAUGCAAUCGGCAACGAUGGCGAGGUCAGCAGUAUUGUGGCUUUGGGCGCCAUUGACUCCUCCAAUUGGGUAUGGAACAUAUGGGGCGCUCAGGUUGCCCCUGGCCCCAAUAUGUCCAUAGAAGGAGCAAGUGUGGGGGUGGUCUGUAUAUUUACAAGACAUGCAGCCUCCACCGAAGAGGAGGAUGCAUACCUGUAA